CAGAGCAUACAGAUUACUGGUCUUUACAACUAUGUAAUCAGCGUUUAUAUAGCAGUAUUUAGCAGUAUUUAUUUUGGUGUGAUUUAACCACCAUCUUGCUACUAACCCAGAACUUGGAUACAGCUGUUUGUUUCUAUGACAGCAGAGAGGGUUGUGUAGUGAUGAGGUUGCCUUUUUGUUGUUGAUUCAGCAUCUCUUUCACGAGGGAAAGUGCAGCAUUCAUCUGAGCCCACUGUGUGAAUGUGUGAGAGAGUGUGUGCCAGUGUGUCCAUAUGUGUGUGUCUCUGUGUGUGUGUGUGUGUGUGUGUGUGUGUGUGUGUGUGUGUGUGAGAGAGAGAGAGAGCGUGUGCAUGUGCCUGCGCGCGUAUGUGCGUUAUUGAGAGCCCGGGAGGAAGGAUGGUUGCUCAUGUCUGAACUGCCUCCACGCUCGCAGGGAAAGUCAAGGCAGAAAAUAGCAGAAGGGGGAAACAGACGCAGUGAUCUCAUCUAACAGAGGACUGAUUCUGUCCAUCAUUUGUUGGGGAAGCUAAUCAAAGGGAUUUGGCAAUGCCUGCACAGGUGAAAGGGGAGCAGAUCCCAGAGGGGCCCUCCUCUCUGGGGGCCAUGAUCCUGGAGCCCAAGGAGCCCCCAGUGGAGCAUCCAUUGCAUGCAGACGAUGACCUGGACACACCCACCUCCAACACCUCCGUGGUCACCUCCACCAACGGCAGUUCCACUACAGAGACACAAUACUCAGAGGCUGAGGACCCCAAGGCUGUUGAACUGGGGAGUGACCAGGCAGACACUCCAGGCACUCCAGACACCCCCGCCCCCCAGCUUCCCCCAGCCCCGCAGCUUCCCCCCGCCCCCCAGCUUCUCCCAGCCCCGCAGCCUCCCCUGGUUCCCCAGAUCCCCUUGGUUUCAGACGACCCAUCUCUGAAGCCCAGUCCUCUAACCAACGGCCAACACUCCCUCACAACCCCUAUCACAACCACUGUUACCACCAACACGCUCCCUCCUCCCUACAACAACACCAACAGUGAGCCCCAGACAGAGAAGCCUGAAGGGCAGAACAGCGCCUACACCCUCCCUGACCCUCCCUUUCCUGGCCUGGGGGGUGGCAUGUGUGCUGGGUAUGGCAGCCUGUCUCGCGGUGGUGUCCACCAGAGCUCCCUCCACACCUACUGGCCCUCCAGGAACUACCAGCCCCAGCCUGGGGGUCACUACACCCUGCCCCUCCCCAGGGACAUCUAUGGCCAGGUGGGCCUGACCAACCAAACCGGGAGGGAAGGACCAGGCGACGACACCCUGGGUGGAAUCCACCAGCUCAGACCCAUCACUACCAUGGAGCUCCUGAGGGAACCUUCCAGAACCAGAGGUGGAUACGAGGAAGCUCUCAUGUCCCAGGUGGAUGGGGAUCCCAUCUCCUUCUUCCAGGCCAUGUCCAGGGCCCAGAUGCUACAGUUCCCCCACAAGCGCAGUAGCAUGAUCAGCCUGGACAGCAUCCGUAAGGACCCCCGCUGGAGGGACCCCAACCUGAGUGAGGUCAUCACCAUGCUCAGCCACCCCAUGGACCCGGUCAAGUCCAACGCCGCAGCCUACUUGCAGCACCUGUGCUACGAGAACGACCACAUAAAGCAGGACGUCAGGCAGUUGAAGGGGGUUCCAGUACUGGUGGGCCUCCUGGACCACCCUAAAGCCGAGGUCCACCGCAAGGCCUGUGGAGCCCUGAGGAACAUCUCCUACGGGAAAGACCACCACAACAAGGUGGCCAUCAAGAACUGUGACGGCAUCCCGGCCCUUGUCAGACUGCUGAGGAAGUCCAGUAACAUGGAGGUCACAGAGUUGGUCACAGGAACCCUGUGGAAUCUGUCCUCCCAUGAGCCUCUGAAGAUGAUGGUCAUCAAUCACGGGCUCCAGACGCUGACUGAUGAGGUCAUCAUCCCCCACUCUGGCUGGAGGAGAGACCUCACUGAGCACUCAAGACCCCAGGAGACAGAGUGGACAACCGUGUUCAAGAACACCUCAGGGUGUCUCAGGAAUGUGAGCUCAGAUGGGGCAGAGGCUCGUCAGAGGCUGAGGGAGUGUGAUGGGCUGGUGGACGCUCUCCUCCAUGCCCUACAGUCAGCGGUUGCCAACAAGGAGACAGACAAUAAGUCAGUAGAGAACUGCAUCUGCAUCCUGAGAAACCUCUCCUACCACGUCCACAAAGAGGUGCCAGGAGCGGAGCGAUUUCAGGAACCCGUGGCCAAUCAGGUGCCACGGUCAGGAUCAGGAGGGAAGAAGAAGAAUGAGGCAGACUGUUUUGGAGGGAAAAAGCCCAAGGAGGAGUGGUUCAAUCAAAGCUGGAGAAAUGGACCAGGUGACAAAAAAUAUGGUACACUGGAUUUACCCAAACGCACACAACCAACGAAAGGUCUGGAGCUGCUGUACCAGCCAGAGGUGGUGAGGCUGUACCUGUCUCUCCUCACUCGCAGUCAAAACCACAACACCCUGGAGGCAGCAGCCGGAGCUCUGCAGAACCUUGCUGCAGGACACUGGGCUUGGUCCAGUUACAUCCGGGCCACAGUUAGGAAGGAGAAAGGUCUGCCUGUCCUGGUGGAGCUACUGCGUUCAGAUGGUGAUAAAGUGGUCCGGGCUGUAGCUAUUGCUCUACGCAACCUGGCCAUAGAUCGACGGAACAAAGACCUCAUAGGAAGCUAUGCCAUGAGGGACCUGGUCAGUAACCUGACCAGUGGUCAGCAGCGACCAGCCAAGAACCUGGAAGGGGACACAGUGGUGGCCAUUCUGAACACUAUCCAUGAGAUCAUCUCAGACAGCCCGGAGAACGUCCGUGGUCUCAUACAGGGUCACGGCAUCCAGAAACUGGUGGCCAUCAACAAGACAAGCCAAUCUGUGCGGGAGACCAAAGCAGCAUCUCAUGUCCUGCAGACAGUGUGGGCCUACAAGGACCUGAGAAAUAGCCUCUACAAGGGAGGCUGGAACAAGAGCCACUUUAAGUCAACAACUAGUGGAAUGCCCAAAAAAACUAAGAGCGGAAAGUCAGCCUAUGAUGACAUCACACUUCCUCUGAUGGAGAAAAACCAAGAUGGAUACUCCACCGUGGAGCAGAGUGACAGAGUGGGUGAUGGGUUACUCCAGGUCAGUAACACGAGUAUCCCAGAGAGGAAGCACUUCAUCCGGGCUGGAAGGCCUGCAGUGGGCCUGGUGGAGCGCAAACCUCCACCCCUCGACUCCUGGGUCUGAGCUUGGCAGAAGGGAUUAUAGAGCAGGAGAUGUGGCAGUAAAAGAAGGAAGUGGAACAUCAACAUUUGUGGAGGUCAUUGUGGUGUUUAUUCUUUAGACGGACAUUCUGUAGGUCAAUUCACCAUUCAGGACAACAUGGUUAUUCUCCCGCCAGAAAAUCAGAAUGGAGUGAAUAUUGGAUCUUACAUUUACAUGUUCAAAGUGUUAUUCAAACUCUGGCUGUAGUUGAGCAUAACCUCUACUAUAUUUUAUACAUACUGGACAGUGGGAUGAGUGGAGUGACACAGCUGAAUGUAGUGCAGGACGAAAAACACAAUACUAACACUUUCCAUGAAAUUAGGAUUUGUCAAAACAAUUCUUUUUCUUGACCUGCCUUUUCCUCCAGUAUUUCCAUACUGUGUUGUUUCACUCCUGCAAAUUGUGCAUUACUUUAUGUAAGAGACUAGUUGGAAAUGGGAUUGUAAAUGUGUAAUAAAAGAUUCAUAUUCUAAAUGAAGGCAUUUAUAUUGUAAUAUUCAUGUUAUUUAUUAACAGUUGUGAACGUUAUCUUGUAACCAAAAAUGGAAUGGAAACGUUAACAUUAUACACUACCAAGUAAUAGUGCCAUUUUAUCAGGAGCUGACAUGAUGAAUUUGCUAUAUGCCGUGUUUGUUCUUGCAUCGCGAUGUUGAACAGAAAAUGAACGCAAAUAAAAUCCAUAAUUUCUCAA